UUCUCCUCCACUAAGGAAGCAACAGAGAGACCUUUUUUCCUGCUCGAGCAUUUUCACCGAGGAGCAGAGAGAAGCAGGAGGAAGAGAGGGAUCACAGUGAAGAAUUUCUGUGGACAAACAGAGGGAGAAAAACGAAAAGAGGAAGAGAAGAAGAAAGAAUUUGUAGACGGUUGAAGAUGGUGUGUGUGUGUUGGUUCUUUGUGCUGCUGAUGGCAUGCGUGUGCGUUCCUGGGUUCGGGUCGUUGUGCUUAGACGGCUCCAUCUGCAACAACCUGAGCAACAGGGGCAGCCUAAUGGACUGUAUUCACCUCUGCCUGUCUGUGGUCCAGACUGAAUUCCCAGAGCUCGAUUCAUCAGGCAUAACGGGUACUGACAAUGAAGACCUAUUACUCAGCAUCAUUCUGUCCAAAAUGCUCUCUGAAGACAAGCUCUCAGAGUCAGAAUUACAAGCCCACGGCGACCAGCGACGCUCCUAUUCCAUGGAGCAUUUCCGCUGGGGCAAACCCUCUGGCCGUAAACGCCGGCCUGUGAAAGUUUUUGCUUCUUCUCUGGAAGGAGGAAACUCUUUCGAGGACACUUUGCCUUUCCAGGCUCGUAGGCAGCUGAGCAUUAAUGAGGAGGAAGAAAAUGGAGGUCUCAAUGGAGAAAGUCAACAAAACAAAGCGCUGCUGAAUACAAGGGUCGUUCCCAAACCACAGCCUCAGUUGAGCACCCAGAACAGAAAAGAUGGGACCUACCGGAUGAGUCACUUCAGGUGGGGGAGCCCACUUGUCUCUAAACGCAACAACUUGAUGAAGUCAUGGGAGAAGAAACCUCAGGGGCAGCUGGCUAAGAUCUUCAGGAACAUUUUUGACAAGGAUGUACAGAGGAUAAUGUAAUGAACAGAGGAUGGAAAAGAGGAGGGGGAGGAUGGGUGGUGUAAAGUCUAAUAACUGUUGCAUGUUAGUUCCAUAAGGUUCUACUUUUAACUUACAGAAACUUAUUAUAAUAAUAAGCAUGUAGUUGUGUUUUUAGCUAAAGGUUUGUCUCAGUGAAACAUUAACUAAAUAUAAGAAAUGAGGUAGUUUUAUCCUAAAUA